AUGCCGAGCAAGUGCGAAAUCUUGUGCGAGAUCUUGAUCGCUAUCCUUCUUCCUCCUCUGGGAGUUUGCCUCAGGCGUGGAUGUUGCACUGUGGAGUUCUUGAUUUGCUUGGUCCUGACUCUCUUAGGCUAUGUCCCUGGCAUAAUAUACGCUCUUUACGUGAUUGUGUUCCAGAACAGAGAUGAGUAUUUUGAUGAAGCUAGACGCCCGCUCUACUACUCAACUUGAUAUUUGUUUGUUUCUUUGAAACUGUUAAACUCUUUGUACCUAAUAAGUUGCUUUGUAAUGU